AUUUCAUUAUAUUUGCACGAUUACAUAAUUACACCACUAAUGUUCCAUUAUCACUCCAAAGAUGGGAGAGUUUGAGGUAGAGGGAGAAGAGAAGUUGAUUGUUGCUGCUAAGUAUCUUGUGAAGGAACUUAGAUCUGGUAAGAGUCUUACUAAAAAUGCUAAGAAGGUUUUGGGGAAUCUCUUAUUGGAGUUGUCUCGUGUGGUGAUAGCUGAGGAUAGAGAUGAGGAAAAUGAAAUAGGUGAGAUUGAGCAAAGGCUUAAUGUUGUUAGUGAGAAGAUUAUGACUAGAGAAGUCGAUGAAUCGAUGAUUUGGGAUUUGGGUUCAGAUGAAGGUAAUCUGUAUUUGGAUGCUGUGAAUGAGUUGAGAGGUUUGAUUGAUCGGUUAGACGGUUCUUCGGGUUUAGGGAAGGCGGGAAGUGAGGAGCUUUCUUUAAGAAAAGCUCAUGAUGUUCUUCAGACGGCGAUGGCACGGCUUGAGGAUGAGUUUAAGCAUCUUCUUGUUGAGAAUAGAUUGCCUUUUGAGCUUGAACAUUCGUCAUUUCGGUCUGUUGAAGCGGAUCAUGGUGUGGAAGAAGAGGCCAUGGCUUCGUUUGGCGCUGCUUCUACUGAGGAUUUGAUUCUUGGAAGCAAUAACGAUAGUAGGAGAAACUCAGGGGAAAUUGUGGUUGAUUUGAUUAAUCCUGAUGUUAUAUCAGAUCUCAAGAACAUUGCAACCACUAUGAUUGCUUCGGGGUAUGACCGCGAGUGUAUCCAGGUAUGUACAAUGGUUAGAAAAGAUGCGUUGGAUGAGUUUCUUUAUAACCACGAAGUCGAGAAGUUGAGCAUUGAAGAUGUUUUGAGGAUGGAUUGGGCUACGUUAAAUACGAAUAUCAAGAAAUGGGUUCGGGUUGUGAGGAAUAUUGUCCAGAUAUAUCUCUUGAGCGAGAAGUCUCUGGAUAAUCAGAUCUUUGGGGACCUAAAUGAGAUCGGUCUAACUUGUUUUGUUGAUACUGUGAAGGCUCCAAUGAUGCAAUUGCUCAAUUUUGGUGAAGCUGUGUCUCUUGGUCCACGACAGCCCGAGAAAUUGCUUAGGAUUCUUGAAAUGUACGAGCUAGCAUCCGAGCUUUUACCAGAGAUCGAUGCUCUGUUCUCAGAUCAUCCCGGUUCAUCCGUAAGAACAGAAUACAGGGAAGUGAUGAAAAGACUCGGGGACUGUGCAAGAACAACGUUUCUUGAAUUCAAAAGUGCGAUUGCAUCGGAUGUCUCAUCGCAUCCUUUCCCUGGAGGCGCGGUUCACCCGCUUACAAAUUACGUGAUGAAUUACCUCAUGGCUCUAACAGAUUUCAGCCACACGCUCGACUCUCUUCUAAUGGAACACGACGACGCAGAAGAUCUCACGAUACCACCAUCUCCAGAUAUUAUCAAUCCCGUGAUGGUCGAAGAAGAGUCUACCUACGAAAACUCCUCUUCACCAGAGAAAUUUCUGGCCAUGACCCGACAUUUCUACUCCAUAACCUCGGUCCUCGAAGCCAACCUUCAAGAGAAAUCAAAACUAUACAAAGAUAUCUCUCUACGACACAUUUUUCUCCUCAACAACAUACACUACAUGACCCGAAAAGUACUAAAGUCCGAGCUCAGACAUAUCUUCGGUGACAAAUGGAACCGAAAACAUACAUGGAAGUUUCAGCAGCAAUCAAUAGAGUAUGAACGCGCAACCUGGCUCCCUGUCCUAUCCUUCCUCAAGGACGAUUCUGGUUCCGGCUCAGGUCAUGGUUCGAAGAAUCUACGCCCUAGGGAGCGGUUCCAAGGAUUCAACACUGCGUUUGAGGAAGUGUACAAGGCGCAAACCGGGUGGCUAAUAUCCGAUGAGGGGCUAAGAGAAGACGUGAGGACAAAGGCGUCGAUGUGGGUGAUUCAAGCGUAUUGGACAUUUUACAGUAGACACAAGAACAAUGUGAGUGAAAGGUAUAUUAAGUACACUACUGAUGAUCUUGAGAGACUCUUGUUGGAUCUCUUUGCUGGUUCUCCUAAAUCCUUGAACAAUUCUUAUAGAAGAUGAUUAUAAAUUGUGUUAAGAGUUUGGUUGGUUCAUUAUAAUGUUACAACUUACAAGUAUAGAAAUAUAUGUAAUUUGUUUUGUUUGUAUUGAAUUCAUUACAUUGUAAUCUUUAUAUUCAUCGUUUCAUGAAUAUUUUAGUGAAAUAAAAGUUUGAGAAGUCUUUGUUGUUGUUGUUGUUGGUUGGUCUUAAUGAAUUAUGAUUAGAUUU